GAGGAUGGCCACCAUUGGCCAGCGCCUUUUCUGCCUGUCAAGGUCAUCGAGUGGUUGGCGCAGAUGCAGCGCCAGCAGCACAAACUGCCAGUUGCCAGUUCGCGACGAAACGCUGAUCUCAUGGCGGCCGCACUCAUGCAUCGGCUCUAUCCAGCCAGACUCCUCUUUCACAGCCUGUUCUGGCCAACGCUGGUGCUGGUUGUGGGUCUCCUGCUGACCAUUAUCGCUUACGCUAUUGAUGGGUGCAAGGUUUGGGUUACCGACAUGACUGUUAUUGCGUAG